AUACAUGCUUAUGUUUUUACCUUUGCUUAUGUGUGUGUUCCCAGUUCCACCUACAUGAAUCGCAGGCUCGACAGAGGGACCAGGUUCUGUCCGGGCAGAGAGAUCUGGGAAAAUCCAGAAAGAUGAGUCCCAGCCAGAACAUGGAGAUGAAUCCAUCAGAGGUUCAAGAAGUAAGGAAAUUCGAAGAUAUUGACCAAAAAUUAGAACCAGAUCUCUUAGACUCAAACACAGAGGAAUCUGAAGAGAAGUUACAGAACGCCACUUCUGUUUCAGCUCUUAACAUGAUACUCAAGUCUAUGUGGAAGAUUAGUGUUUUCUUAAGCAAUUUUUUGAGGAAUUAUGUUCAAGAAGCACAACACAACCUGAAACAUGAUGAAUCUGUUCUUCCACAAGACAUACUUCGUAUCUUCCUACUCGAAAAUUUCAGUCUCACUACUCAUCCUCUGGAAGCAAACGGUGUUUCUAAGCUGUUUCUAAACAUCUUGGAGCUUCUACCUCGCUGGAAUUCGUACUUCAAAGUGAACGAAGUGGCGAAAACGAAUUGCGUUAGAUGCAAGCCAGAUAGGGCGUAUUCUGGUGAAUGUUCUUUUGGUCUGAUCAUCAAUGCUAAUUCACUCAGAGUAUUCAAGUCUGCACUUGUGAUUUAUACAUUUGCAACUACCCUUAAGAUCAUCAGGCUCAACGCAAAGAUGCUUUGUGAAAAAGGAGGAUGUGGGAAACGAAACUAUGUUCAACAUAUGAUAAAUAAACUUCCAUCUGUUUUCACAAUUGCACUUGAGUGGGAGAACAAUGAGACUGGAAAAGAGAUAUUCGAUACAAUUUCUGUCCUGGCGACUAAGAUAGAUAUUCGUAAGAUAUACAAAUACGAAGGUGACAGUCCAUACACCAAAUACCGUCUCGUCUCAAUGGUAAAGGCCAAGUUUUAUCGCAUGAAAUAUCUAUACAACUGUAUAGCUUAUGAAAAUAAUACAUGGGUCAGACAUGACUGUUCUGAGAUAGAGGUUAUUGGAGACUGGGAUGGUGUUCUCAACAAAUUCCGAGAACUGUAUAUUCGACCUGAGAUUCUAUUUUUUGAAAACACUAGGCAAGACGGGGACUAGAAGUUUUCCGCGCUGGGAUCUGAUGAUUAAGUGAGUGGCUUCCAAUGGUGCAGGAAAGGGAUUGAUGUAUAUACAG